ACUCACCUAAUAAUACAACACUUUUCCUUGGAAUACAAACACUGGAAGAUCUCCAUAUGUCCUGCUGUUUUGUACACAUAAUAACCAAACGUAAAAAAAAAAAAAGUAUUUGCACAUAGUGUAUAUGACUCUCGAAAGAUGAAAUGAAACAUGUUUUUAAACAGUAACAGUGUUGCAGAGUUCGCUCAAAUAAUCACAUGCACAGCUGCCACCUGCUGGUGAAGAGCGGAACGUCUCUAAUUAUUGUUCCCCCAAUUAAACCAGUUUUAAAAAGUUACAUAACAGAUUCAUUCAUGCAGACAUGAACAAUUAUACAUUUAACAACUGUCUAUAAAACCUUAAUUGUGUAAGUAUCAGCACCAUCUCUGCUUAGGACUGACAUUUGAGCGCGCUGCGCAGAAUCCGCCCCCUUCCCUCAAGCGUGUCAAAUAGUGUCUCCAGAGAGUCUUGAGCUUUAUUUUAAUGACCUUUGCUUGACUUUUCCACCAAUUUACAGGUGUGCCAUCACAGGUGGACAGCGACAUGGAGGGACGGCAGCUACAGCAGGUUUUGAACACGCAGAGACUGAAGUCACUACAAGAAUGGAUGCAGAAAAGCUCAAUCACUUUAACACAGGUCAAUGGGCAGAGGAAAUAUGGUGGUCCUCCUCCUGGUAAGUACUCUUUUUUUGUCUUUUCAGCUUUUAAGAAGCAUUACGGCAUUUCUAUUACCGUGAAAUGGACGUCCUUCUCCAAGUCAAAGCACGUAUCCGAGACUGGACAAGAAGACGGCACCUUUACCCCUCCUGGUCUGAGUCCCCUCCCCAAACCCUCCAUCACCCCUCCCCACCUGCACCCUCAGCCCUCCCUUCAGGAUGUCCCAGCCCACCCCUCUCUCCAGUCCUUCUUCCGGGCCGUGGGGGGUCCGGCCGGUCCGCCGAGAGAUGAGAUGAAGCCUCAAGGCCCUGUGAACCGCGACGCCGUGUCUCUGCUGCAGUGGAUGUGCGAGGUGAACCGACUUGGCACUCCUCAGUAUGAAGUCCGCUUCCAUCACGCCAGCUCCGACGGCUUCCUCUGCUUCAGCUACGAAGUCCUGAUCCCGUGCUUUCUUAUUCCCCUGUAUGGGGUUAUCCAGAUCCUUCCAGGCCCCAGCGUUCAGGCCACGAAGAAGGAGGUUUAUCGAGCUGUCGCCGAGCUGGUGAUCCAAACCAUCUGUAAGGUCUCAAAUGCGCGACCUUUCUAAAAUUUGAUCUGUUAAUGUAAUGUAACGUUAUUAGUUUUAUGUUCAGUAUUAUGGUUUGAAGGCAUGUACUGUUUCAGAUGAAUGAGUGGAAAUGAAUGAUUAAACGAGUAUUUAGUUUAAUGUUAAAGGGAAAAAAAAAAAAAAAAGCCAAUCUGGGCAGGGGAU